CUGUGGGUGCUGAAGAUGUUCCCCGUGAUCUGCAGCCCUCGCCUUUGGUGGGGUAAGCUCCAGCGGAGCAUCUGCCUGAGUCGCCCUGUGCUGAGCGGGCAGCGCUGUGAGCAUGUGCACAUCCGAGUUGGAGACCGGGCCGAACUGAGCAGGGCUUUCACUCAGAGCGACGUGGCUGCCUUCUCGGAAUUAACGGGCGACGUCAAUCCUUUGCAUGUAAACGAAGAGUUUGCGAAGCACACCAAGUUUGGGAAGACAAUUGUGCAUGGGGUGUUGAUCACUGGACUCAUCUCAGCGCUCCUGGGCACAAAGAUGCCAGGGCCUGGCUGUGUGUUUCUUUCCCAGGAAAUUCACUUUCCAGCGCCUUUAUAUGUCGGAGAAAUUGUUUUGGCAUCGGCGGAAGUGAAGAAACUGAAGCGGUUCAUUGCUAUUGUUGCAGUGUCGUGUCGUGUAGUAGAAAGUAAAAAGACCGUUAUGGAAGGCUGGGUGAAAGUCAUGGUCCCAGAAGCUCCCAGAUCCUGAAGUAGGUGUGCAAAGGUGCAAGUUCAAACCCAAGAGCUGCAGUUACUAAAAAGCACCUGGCUUAACAGGGACUGUCUCUCUUCCCUGGGGGUGGCCUGUAUUAGGGGAGGGGUGUUCGAAUGUGCGCUUGGCCAUACGUGCCACAGGCCAGAGUCUGUGCCCCAAUCCAUCUUCUGCUGAGACUUGCAAACUGAAAAACUCCUGGGAACGUUAUUCAUCUAAGGCUCAGCUUUGGGAAUUUCAAACCCAGACGUGUGUUUGUUAGCACGAGUGUGCCCUUGUGUGUGCAGGAGUUUCUCACAGACGUCGCUAGUGGCAUGCAGUAAUAGGAGGUGUUAGUUUCUGAACAUCUGCUCUUUACCAGAAGUUUUCCUGGGCCCUGGUUUUCAGUCAUUUUGGGGUCAGAGUUCAUAAAUGUGACUGUUCACACCAAGACGACUUCUUGUCCCCCUUCAGUGGGACCCACCUUUCAGGUUUCCUGUUACUGCAGAAGGGUUCAUGUGCGGACUUGGACUUGGUUGUGAAAGCUGCCUGAUUUAGUAAGUGGUAGAGACACACAGCACAUGGGGUUAACAUGGGAGAGGAUGGACACAGAGAGGUAGACAUGGGGCUGACCUGGGGGUGAGAUCGGCCCUGCUUACAGUUGAACACAUAACAGGCCAGACUUUUAGGGUGAUAGGCAGUCUCUGUUAGUACUCUGGGUAGAUAAUUAAUGCAGAGUUUUCAUUUUAGGAGUCCAGAUUUUUGCCCUUAAAAAUGUGCCUGUGCUUCCUGUUGUAUAAGUAUAUGCUUAUUGUAAAGAAAAGAAAGAAAGAAAUUAAGAAAAAUGUAUGAAGGCCACAAAUGCAAAAUUCUUAAGAGUUUGGGGAUACUGAAGGGGAAACGCACCUGAUGUGUUAAUAUCAAGUGCUUAGCGCCAACACCGCUGGUGCUUUGAAGAUGAGAGCCUACAGCACCCUCCAGAUGGCCCACCUGUACAGCCUUCAGAUGCUAACUCUGCUGCUAGAUGUUUUGAUUAAGAUGAUCAGGUGUAACUGGUAGGUUCCCGUGCUGGUGGUGAAGUAGAUUUUUCAAUUUUGGAGUGUUUUUUUUUUUUUUUACACAAAGGGGAGCAGUUGAAUGGAUUACUAGAAGCAAUCAUUCUGUUCACUAGAGGACAGGGAUGCAUAUGAAGUGAAUACUUUAAAACUGAGCUCGUCACUGUGGCAUAGCAGGUUAAACCACUGCCUGCAGCACCGACAGCCCACAUAGGCAGCAGCUCCACUUCCAGUCCAGCUCCCUGCUAAUGCACCUGGGAAAACAGCAGAAGAUGGCCCAAAUAUUUGAGCCCCUGCACCCAUGUGGGAGACCUGGAUGAAGCUGCUGGCUUCGGCCUAGCCCGGCCAUGGCCAUUUAGGGUAUGAACCAGUGGAUGGAAGAUUCUUUGUCCCUCCCUCUCUGUAACUCUGUCACAAAUAAAUAUUUUUUAAGAAAAAAACUGUUUAAUGCUAUUCCAUGCUCCAGUUUAUGAAGGUGGGAAGAAAAUGCUCAAGUCAACGUGAGGAGCAAGGGUGCUGUUGUGAGUCCUGGAAUGGGCAGCUGGUGCAGGCUCAGGUGCACCUAAAGGAGACAUUUAUAGGUAAACCGCUAGAUGUGCCAAGAAUGUUACUAUAACAGAAGAUGGAACUCCAGACCAAGACUGCUUGCUCCUGUGCAGCCUGUUCCUUGGGCCUGGCAGCAGCCUUAGAAUCAUUGAGUGCACAGAUGGAGAGGGAAGUGAUCACAGCAUCAAUACUCAGAGCGGAUCGUUUCCAGCACCCAGGGAGCCAGUUCUCUGCGUUGAUGCUAAUCCUUGAAACAACUCUGGAGUUAGUGUCCUGUUUUACAGGCAUGGAGUUAGAAUGAUGCUGUGUGACUUACCCAGGGUCGUGCCUCUAAUAGCAGUAGAGUUGGGGGUUCCAGCAAGGCCUUGCCUGGCUUCCAAGCCAUUCUUUUGCCAUCACUGUGGAUCUUAAAAUGUUUCCAUUACUGGAGCACUAUCAUUUUCUAUAAUGGUGUCUUGUUAUGUGGCAUUAAAAGCAAUUAAUUGCAAUCAUUCUGUAGAAUU